AUGCAGUUUCAGAAAGCCGUACUUCAAAGCACUCAAGUGCCUCCAGCAUCGCUUACACGAAAUGAUAUCGCAGCGGAAAUCCCAGGUCUUUUGCCGCUCUACGACGAAUUCCCGGACAUUGUAUACACCAAGGCCGACCCUGUUUAUGAGACAAUAAGUCCUGCAUUCAAGACAUCAACGACGACUAAACCACUAGCGGUAGUUCGUCCUCUAAAUGAAAGCCAUGUCCAGGCCACUGUUAAAGCAGCCCGCGCAGCUGGAUUACCUCUGGGAAUUCGCUCUGGAGGAUUAGAAAUGGCGGGAAGAAACUACAAGGGAACUGACAAAGGCAUUUUAUUGGAUCUUCGCAGCCUAUGCUCCAUCAAUGUGUCCGAUGACAAGACAUCUGCGACUAUUGGUGGAGGCACUAUAGCAGUUGAUCUGGCCGUUUCUCUGUCAAAGCAGGGUAUCUUUACACCUAUUGGAUGGCAUCCAAGGCUCGGUUACGCAGGAUGGGCGAUGGCAGGAGGUUAUGGUCUUUAUUCUUCGCCAUACGGCCUUGGUGUCGAUAAUAUCCUCGGCGCUCGUCCUGUUCUUGCUGACGGGUCUGUGGUUGACGUUGAUGAUAAAAAUCACCCAGAUCUGUUCUGGGCGCUUCGAGGAGCUGGAAACGGCAUAUGGGGUGUUGUGACACAACUCACGAUUAAAGUCUAUCCACCACCAAAUCUUUUGAUCGGCACUUUAAAGAUUCUUAAGAAAGAUUGGCUGGCAGCAUUGGACGAAUGGGCAAACAACAUCGAGCCUAAUCUCCCCGACGAGUUUGGAGGAGAAGUUUACUUUAGGAAUCCCGUAUUGGAUAGUCCUGAGAUGAUCAUCUUCUUUGCCUGGUGCGCGAAAGAAGGCGAGGAUAUACAAAAAGGCUGGGACUAUUUCGAAAAGAUCAAAUCACUGCCAGGUGCAGAGGUUCAACGCAUUGCAGAAUGUGAGUUUCGCGGCAUAUCAUUGUUUUGCAGGAUAUACGAUGAACGCAGGCGAUUGCUAACAAAUGAGCGUCUAGCUGACUUUGCUACCCAUCUUACAUCGGAACCGAGUGCGCAGCCAGUAUCUUACCAGGUCCGUGGAGUUAUUGCAAAAGGCCUGACCAGCAACAUCGCUUCGGUCUUAAACCGCCAGUGGACCAACCCCAAGAUAUACUCCGGAAUCCCUUGUCACUGCGCACACGGAAAUGCCAUCAAACCGGAUCCGAGCGCCUGCUUCCCCCUGCGAUAUCGUCACAGGCUGUUCCCUCUUAAUUCUCGCCACUCAGAAUUGAUGGGAACAGAAGAAGGGGAAUCGCUUGUGGCUGAAUUGUCUGCUCGUCUGAUUGAUGGGAUCAAGGCUACGGGCGAUGCAUAUGUUGGAGCUUCUUAUCAGAACUUAAUUCCUCCUGUUGACACUGACUUGGAGGUCACCUUUGGCAAAGAGACUCUGGAAAGACUCAAAACGGUGAAGAGGAAAUACGAUCCGGACAAUUUCUUUUCAAGAGGAUAUCCUGCUUUGGAUGUUUAA